GUGGAGCGCGGCGCCAUGACGCCAGACGCCCAAAGAGGCGGAGUGGUGGGGGGAAGGAGGAGGGAAGUAGGACUUCAACAUGGCGGCUGUGGUACUGGCAGUGGCUACGGUGACGGCCUGGCCCGGGGCGGGCAGAGUUGGAGGUGGUGGCGUUCGUUUUCCCUAGCCGUUAGGAGCUCAACGGGGACCGAGCCUGAAAGGCCGUCCGGCGCCAGCGCGUUUCGGCUUCUGGGACGACAGCGGCAGCGGCGUUCAGGUUCUAAAUGGCUUCUAAGAAGUUGGGUGCAGAUUUUCAUGCUUGAGAAAAACUUGUGCGACAGUGUAGCCUGUACAUUCUGCUGGAUUUCAGGGACUUUCAGUUACCUUGAUGAUGUCCCAUUUAAGAUAGGAGACAAAUUCAAAACACCAGCUAAAGUUGGUCUUCCUAUUGGCUUCUCCUUGCCUGAUUGUUUGCAGGUGGUCAGAGAAGUACAGUAUGACUUCUCCUUGGAAAAGAAGACUAUUGAGUGGGCUGAAGAUAUUAAGAAAAUCCAAGAAGCCCAGAGGGAAGCAGAGCGCAAGGCUGAGGAAGUAGAAGCUAAAGUGAAUUCUAAGAGCGGCCCAGAAGGUGACAGCAAAAUGAGCUUCUCCAAGACUCACAGUACAGCUACAAUGCCACCUCCAAUUAACCCCAUCCUUGCCAGCUUACAGCACAAUAGCAUCCUUACCCCGACUCGGGUCAGCAGCAGUGCCACGAAACAGAAAGUUCUCAGCCCACCCCACACAAAGGCAGAUUUCAAUCCUGCUGACUUUGAGUGUGAAGAAGACCCAUUUGAUAAUCUGGAGUUAAAAACUAUUGAUGAGAAGGAAGAGCUGAGAAACAUUCUGGUAGGAACCACUGGACCCAUUAUGGCUCAGUUAUUAGACAAUAACUUGCCCAGAGGAGGCUCUGGGUCUAUGUUACAGGAUGAGGAGGUCCUGGCAUCCCUGGAGCGGGCAACCUUGGAUAUCAAGCCUCUUCACAAACCCAAUGGCUUUAUAACCUUACCACAGUUAGGCAACUGUGAAAAGAUGUCUCUGUCUUCUAAAGUGUCCCUCCCCCCCAUUCCUGCAGUAAGCAAUAUCAAAUCACUGUCCUUCCCCAAACUUGACUCUGAUGACAGCAGUCAGAAGACAGCCAAGCUGGCAAGCACUUUCCAUAGCACAUCCUGCCUCCGCAAUGGCACCUUCCGGAAUUCCCUAAAGCCUUCCACCCAAAGCAGUGCCAGUGAGCUCAAUGGGCAUCAUACUCUUGGGCUUUCAGCUUUGAACUUGGACAGUGGCACAGAGGUGCCAACCCUGACUUCCUCAGAUCUGAUCUCCCAGAUGCCUUCCCUCUCUGUCUUGUCUGUGUGCACAGAAGAAUCGUCACCUCCAAAUACAGGUCCCACGGUCACACCUCCUACUAAUUUCUCAGUGUCACAAGUGCCCAACACUCCCAGCUGUCCCCAGGCCUAUUCUGAACUGCAGACACUGUCCCCCAGUGAGCGGCAGUGUGUGGAGACAGUGGUCAACAUGGGCUACUCAUAUGAGUGUGUCCUGAGAGCCAUGAAGAAGAAAGGAGAGAAUAUUGAGCAGAUUCUCGACUAUCUCUUCGCACAUGGACAGCUCUGUGAGAAGGGCUUCGACCCUCUUUUAGUGGAAGAGGCUCUGGAAAUGCACCAGUGUUCAGAGGAAAAGAUGAUGGAGUUUCUCCAGUUAAUGAGCAAAUUUAAGGAAAUGGGCUUUGAAUUGAAAGACAUUAAGGAGGUUCUGCUACUACACAACAAUGACCAGGACAAUGCUCUGGAAGACCUCAUGGCUCGGGCAGGAGCCAGCUGAGACCAGAUGCUGCCUAGGCCCUGCCAUGGAACCGCCCCUGCGGGAGGCCCUGAGGAGCCCAUGUGUGGGGAAGGAGAAGGGGCACACUUCUGGUUUUCUUUUGGGGGUGGAAGGUCAGGAGUGGAGACUGUGCUUGCCAGUCUCUGAGCUGGGGAGAAAGUAGGAAAGACUCAGGCAUGUGAAUGCCUCUAGCAUGGCCCUGGCUCCUUCUAUAUUAAAUGUAUUUGUAUUUUGAGAAGUGUCCUUCCCACCUCGGCCCUCCAGGGGUCUGUACGUCCUCAGCCGAAACCUGGCCCAGCUGCCAAAAGGAGUCAGGGAGAAGGGGUGGGAGGGCCAGACUCAGUGCUGCUUUAGGGCUAGAUGCUUCCCUCCGCUGCACUGGUGGACUGAACUCUAAUCCAAGUUGAGUGCAAUUGAAAAGGUUCUUCCAGGGUUUUUUCCCCCGCCCACUUCCUUUAACAAAGUCUCUUAGUGUUACACUGGUUCUGUAAUGUCUCUGAGGUGCAAAGAAUGCCCUUUCCCCAUGGGAUGUGGAGUUGGCCUCAUCUGCCAGGCAGUUACCAUGCUUCCCUACCCCAGCCUGUUUCUUUUGGCUUGGUUUGGACCACGAUCCUCUGCUACCCAGGAUUUUAGAGCCCCCUACUCUAGGAAAGUCCGUUUAAGAAAUCAUUGGCCCCUUCCCAGCACACUGAGUCGGGGAGAAACAGGCUGCAGUAUAGUAGCCCAGCACUAACUCCGCCUCGGUUCUCCUUGGAGAACAGCCUCUCCCUCCAGCCCCCUGCUCUAGGAUGACACAAUGAGUAACACCUAGUCAUAGAAAUCAGUCUCUUUCGUUUUAUAUUCUGUUGUACAUCAUUAAAGAUAAAUACAAAGGAUAUACAGUCUUGAUGAAUCUAAUUUGCUAACUAUUUUGAUUCUUCAGAGAACUACUAAUAAAAAUCUAAAAGGUA